AUGGCAGGGGGCGGGAGCUGGACGUGGCGGCCGGUGGCCAGGGACGCACUGCUGGCGCGAGGCUUCCACUCGCUCACGGAGCUGCGGGGCCGCUUCUACUUAGUCGGGGGUCUGCUAGCGGGAGAGAGCCUGGAACCCAGCGGGGACACAGUGGUUUUCGACCCCGCGUCGGGCCAAGCCACGCGCCUGGGCUCCCCGGGCAGCCCGGCGCGCAGUCACCACGACGCGGCUGCCGUGGAGGGCCGUUGGCUGUGCGUGGUGGGCGGCUGGGACGGGGCGCGCCGUCUGGCCACCGUGGCUGCCCUGGACCUUGAGAGCGAGCGCUGGGAGACAUGGACCCCUGCGCCGGCCAGCCAGAGCCCUGCAGGCCUCAGCAGCCACACUUGCACCCGCGUGUCGGAGCACGAGGUGCGGGUAACGGGGCGCGAGGGCGGAACGCGCACACAGCGGCGCUUCGGCAGCGUCUUCACUCUGCGGCUGGACCCCGUCGCCCGCACCUACAGCUUCACCGAGGAAAACUGCCGCACGGCCUCGCGCUCAGGCCACUGUGCCGCUCUGCUGCCGACCCACGGACCACGCCGUGGCCACCAGCUCCUUCUCCUGGGGGGCUGCAACUCCCAGGAGUCUGAAGUGGCGGGGCACUGGAGCUGGGAUAAGAUUAAGGAGACCCCUGCCGCCCCUCGCUUGACAGAGCAGCUGGCCAGGCUGGUGAGCCGCGGCGAGCAGGGGUCCCACAAGGGGCCAUGGGGACUCCGACAUGCCUCAUGCUCCGUGGUGGGGCCCUUUGCUGUGGUGUUCGGGGGACAGACGCUAAGCAGGGCACGUGACGCUGUGUGCAAUGACCUCUAUGUCCUGGACACCCGUCAGGCUUCUCCUUGGUGGUUCUGCUUCCCCUGUGCUGAGUGGACACUGAAGCGUGUCGGCCACCGAACCUGCCUCUGGAAUGACCAACUGUACCUGGUGGGCGGCUUUGGGCCAGACGGCAGGACAGCCAGCCCCGAGGUAUGCGUGCUCGACCUGUUCCCCUGAGGGCUGUGCCAGGUGGUGGCAAGACCAGCCCCAGGUAUGUGCUGGACUCCUUCCCCAAGGCUCAUGUGCAAAGAAGGCACCACCUCUCCAGUGUUUACUGCAGCUCUCAGGGACAGUGCUCAGGGGAACAGGCUCCUUCGGCAGCACCUGCACUCAGUCUGGCCCUCAGCUGGGCAGCUGGGCGCUGGCUUGGUUCCAGUUCCAUUCAUUAAAGCUCCAAGCUGAGAA